AUGGGCAACCCGACCAAGUUCACGACCGUCCCGAUUGAAUCGGUCAAGCAUGGCAUCCUGCGCAUCUUCAAGCUCAAGAACAUCUCGCGGCCCGAGAUCUGGGCCAACGCGAGCCUCGUCGCGCCAGGCAACGCGCCCGAGUGUGCGUCGCGCGACGUCACGCACUUCUACUGCCACCUCUGCGACGACAUCUUCAAGCACGACCCGACACGGCUGCAGAACCUGCAUCGCCACAUGAAGGCCAAGCACCUCUCCAACAUCCAGCAGAUCCAGCAAGACAUGGUGCCCAGCAACGUCGUCAUCGUCACCGCCAAGCGCAAGGAGCCGACACCCAACUUUGUGCAGUCGCUCGUCGAGGACCUGCCGCUGCCCGAGCCCAAGCGAUCGCGACCGCACAUGCUCUCGGCCACGACCUUUCGAUCGACCAAGCACGGCGCCUUGUCGCUCUUCAAGGUCAAGCACAUCAACCGCCCGGAAAUCUGGAUGUACGUGAGCCUCGUGGCGCCGACCAACGUCGAGAUGAACCCGGCGACGGGCUGGACGUCCCGCGACGCGAGCCACUUUUACUGCCACCUCUGCGACGACUGCUUCCCGCACGACUAUGCGCGUUCGCAGAACCUCCACCGGCACGUCAAGAACAAGCACAAGGCCGAGCUCGACGCGUACAUGAAGAAGCUGCUCAAGUCCACCGAAGCGCGCGUCGCCGAAAACAAGCCGCCGCCCGCACCCUCUGCCGCGAGCCUCUCGAUGGCCAGUGAUGACACGCGGCGCUGUGAGCUAGCACUCGCCGAAUGGCUCGCGACGUGUCGGCGCCCGUUGGAGCUCGUGGCCGACGAACCGUUCCAGCGCUUCCUCACACUGCUGCAGUCCACGCAAGGCCACUUCUCGCUGCCAUCGCGCGCGACGCUCGAGGCCCACAUGGACGAGCUCUACGCGGCAAAGCGCAAGGCGAUGCACGCGCUCCUCGACGACGAAUGCCGGUACUUUAGCCUCUCGGCCAAGACCCAUGUGUCGUCGCCGGAGCCACAUUUGGUUUGGACGCUGCACUACAUCACGCCAAGCUUCGAGUGGCGGCACUUGCUCCUGAGUCACCACGACUGGCUGCUCCAAGCGCUCAACCGUGUCCUCGUCGAGUGGAACCUCUCGUCGUCGAACCUGACAAUGAUCGUGUCGGACGUCGACUGGCGCCUCUUGCCGCAUGUCCCGUCCAUGAUGUGCAUGGGCCAGACGCUCCACGCCGUGCUGUGCCGCCUUCUGUAUGGCAAGGACGACGACGAUGCGACCGCGCUCCUCGACGACCCGCCUUUUCUACACCUGUCGACCGAGAGCCACGACGAGAGCAGCAUUCCUGCGCUCGCCAAGCGGACGCUCGACCACUUUGUCUCGACGCACCGGCGGUUCGAUGCGCGGGCGACCGUCAACUGCCCGCGGCAGUGGCAAAAACUGUACAACCUCCUCUCCGAGUGGCAAAGCAUGAAGCCCGGCGUCGAUCUCUUCUUCUCCGUGGUCGAGACACAGCCCGCGUCGUUCCCGUUUCCAUGCACCGUCUCGAACCUCUCCCGGCGCGAGUGGUGCCUCCUCGAAGGUCUCCUCGUGCUCCUCGAGCCAUGCCUCGAAGUGAUGCACGCCGUGUUCAGCCAAGCAUCGACCAACUCGCUCGCCGUCAUGCUCUCGAUCCUGCAGCUCUUUGCCAAGGACGUGGCGACGCCCCGCUUCUUCCACUUGCGUGGGUUUACCUCGCUCGACGAGGAGCCCGCCGUCUUGUAUGAGCUCAACGCUGCCCGGCAUAUGCUCCAAACGCUUCUGUUUGGCUUCCUCGACGACCACCCGGCCAUGUGGACGUGUCCGCUGCACCCGAGCAUUGCAGCGACGCUUGCGCACUGCACGGACGAAGAGAAGGCCCAAGUCAAGCACCGGCUCGCGACCGAGUGCGCCGACGUCGCGUCCGAGAAGCAGCCGCCAAAGAAGAAGACGGCGACGACGCGGAGCCUCAAGUACCUCCAGCAGGUCAUGGGCGCGACGCGCGACGAGAUCCUCGACUCGAUGGGCAUCGACACGCUCUCGGUCGAGGACGAGCUCCAAAUGUACUUUGCGACCGUUGUGCCCGGCAUUGAAGACACGCUGGGAUGGUGGAAGACUCACCAUAGCAUGUUUCCGCGGCUCGCCGGCCUCGCGCGCAAGUGGCUAUGUACGACCGCGACCGCCUUUCACAAGUCGCAGGACGAGACGAUCGACGAGGCACCGCGACUGGGCGACGUGGCGGCGCGCAUGGCCUUUCUCGCCGACAACAGCGCGCCCGACGCCGACGUGGCCUUUGUCUAA